CACAGACACACAGACACAGCACAACAUGACACAUGCACACCCCUCUCCCUCCCCAUUUCUUGCAACUGUUCGGCCGAGGUGGUGGCAGCUCUAGAUUAGGCACCACUUGCUCGGUUCCUCCUUUCUCUCUCUCUCGGAUCGCGGUGGGGGUUGCGGCAUGGGGGCGAAGGAGGAGAUGGAGUAUGCGGCGGAGGCGGCGUCGGACGCGGAGGAGUCAGCUUCCACCAACCAGCGCACCCUCAGCCUCAAAGGCUGUUCCAGCAGCGUGGAAAAAGUUUACACUAUCAACAGUCCACUUAAGAAAAGGAAAUCACAGUAUGAGCUGGUCGAUCCAAGGCUGUUAUCACUUAAAUACAAGUUUCGGAACCGAUUAUCUUGCCAGGAGGAUGAUUCUGCAACCACAGAAAGCUUGGGAAAUGAUGGCAUUUUCAUGAACAAAAACUCUUGCACGGACAUGGUCAGCAUACCUGAAGAAUUGGACUCUUGUGAGAACACUCUAAGCCUGUUUGGUGGGUGCAUUGAAGUGGACUCUAAAAAUGGAAUUCAGGGUCAGUCUAUGAGAAAAAAGUUUGAGAUACGAACAUUUGCAUCCAGUAGCUCAGAUAGCAGUUCACAUAGCAGUGGCACCAGAGAGACUGACAGCUGGGUUAUGCACGAUGCGGAGCAUGAUCAUUCAGGUCUGAUGCUGCAACCACAUGAUGACCUGGAAAGGAUAUAUAAUGUACUUGAACAGUAUGAUGACCUAAUGAAGGAUGAACUAGCAAGCGACGAUGUCUAUGGUUCUGCUGCUCAUAUUAUGGAUGAGAAGCUUUACUCGAAUGGCGUUGACGAUUUCCAGAUCUUAUCAACAGGCCAAGGUGGCUACCACGGUGAGAAGAAGCUGACGGUUGAUCAAGAAUUUGAGCAGUAUUUUUCCAACCUCAUGCUUUAGGAUGGAAUGGAUAAUCUCAUGACAAAAAUGUGUUGCUCUGGACCUGUAAAAGUGGUUUGCUUCCUGAGCAAAGUGCAAGCCUUACUUACUGUUGCAGUUAUCAGUCUGUUUGUACGCCACCUCUUGUCACUGAAUGUACAUAUGUUUGAUAUGGGGCCCUUUUUCAGUUUGCCCAUCAAAUGUUGGCAUCAUAUAUGUGUAUGUAUGCAGAUAUAAGAACAUGUCUAACCUAAAGAGUAUCCUAAAUAGUGUGUUCCUUGUUUGGUUC